UUAACGUUAGUCAAAAGUUACCAAGUUACUCUGCUCUCUAGGACCGCAGCCAACGAGUACAGCUCCACUUCAGCACCAAUUUAGCAAACGGGAAAUACUGAACCGACGCAAAAGCUUUUGGAUAAUUGCCGGAUAAGCCAGGUGAUUGAGCAUCGUGUCUGCAGUGCUCAGGACCAGAGCUCACACAAGGUUGACCACUGUAGUCUGCCCAGAGCCCUACAUACAGACGCCCAGAGACCCGUCCCAGAGACUGGAAAUGACUGCUGCCAUGCCCUGCUGGCUCUCCGCCCUCACACUCGCCCUCACCCUCCUGGUCCUCUCUGCCAGGGAAGGAGCUGCUCUCUUCCUGCCCGACUCCAAUGAGCUGCGGCAGCUACUGAGCCGGUACCAGGAUGACCAGAACAGCACCGAUAACACAGCGGGCAGUAGGACGCGACGGGCCAUCCAGUGGACGGACCGUGGGGAGCUCCUCCAACUGCACAACAAACUGAGGGGAGGAGUCUACCCCACCGCAUCCAACAUGGAGUACAUGGUCUGGGAUGAUGAGCUGGAGAGGUCAGCCACUCACUGGGCAGAGGAAUGCCAGUGGGAACAUGGACCUAAGGACCUGCUCAUGUCAAUCGGUCAGAACCUCGCUGUUCACUGGGGCAGGUACCGCUCCCCAGCCAACCACGUCCAGGCCUGGUAUGAUGAGGUGAAGGACUACACCUACCCCUACCAACAUGAGUGCAACCCCUGGUGUCCCGACCGCUGCUCAGGGCCUAUGUGCACCCACUACACCCAGCUGGUCUGGGCCACCACUAGUCGUGUGGGGUGUGCAGUGCACGUGUGUCCCAGGAUGAACGUGUGGGGGGAGAUCUGGGAGAACGCUGUUUACCUCGUCUGUAACUACUCCCCCAAGGGAAACUGGAUCGGAGAGGCCCCUUACCAACAUGGCCGCCCAUGCUCCCAGUGCCCUCCUAGCUACGGAGGAAGCUGCAGGGACAACCUCUGCUUCAAGGGAGACUCCCAGCGUUCUGAGACUGAGGACAUGAACGAGGUGGAGAAAGCUCAGAUUCCCAUGUCACCCCGCACCACCGCCAAGCCUGUCCCCAGACCCAAACCCAAGCCUGCUGCUCCCAAGAAGCCCUCCACUCCCAAGGCUCCCACCAGCACUUUCCUGGCUCAAAACAUCAAGUGUGAGACCAAAAUGCGAGACAAGUGCAAGGGAGCAGCCUGCAACAGAUUCAACUGCCCUGCUAACUGCCAGAACAAGAAGGGGAAAGUGUGGGGGACGCUCUUCUAUGAUGUGCAAUCAAGUAUCUGUCGUGCUGCUAUGCACUACGGCAUCAUUAAUAACAAUGGUGGUCUGGUGGACACCACAAGGAAAGACAAGUUUCCAUUCUUCGUCAAGGCAACAAAGAACGGCAUUGAGUCAUUCAGUAAAUACAAAGCCGGCAAUGCAUUUGUGGUGGCCAAAGUGGAAAGACAGUCAGUGGACUGCUAUGCCACCAUGGUGGAGAUCUGCCCCCUCAAGAAGCCCUACUCCAACUGCCCAAGAGUGUUCUGUCCGGCCAACUGCAAGAACGAGCCAUCCUACUGGGCCCCAGUGGUUGGGAACAGCUUCUACACAGAUAGCUCCAGUAUCUGCCGAGCAGCCAUCCAUGCCGGGGUGAUCCAAGCCGGUGGGGGCUACGUGGACGUCCUGGCCCUGGAUAAGAAGAAGAGCUACGUUGGCGUCCUGAAGAACGGCAUCCAGUCAGAGAGUAAAAGCAAUCCAGUGGGUGGCUCGUUCCGUGUCUUUGCUGUGAGGGAGUGAAUAUCCUCCAUCUCAGGGCCUCCCACUCAUUGGUUCAGGGACUAACAAGGUCCCCCAUCUGCUCUCAAGGGGCAGAAAGUGCCCACAGGUUCGAUGCCAUGGCAACCUCCUCCCAUCUGUCUCUGUUCCCCACCCUGGGAGGAAGCAGAACUUCCCAUUGGACCUACAGACACUUCUCCCUCUUAGCUAAUAAACAGUAGCUAACUGCUCAAAGUCGGUGGCUAACAUCACAAAGGACCCUUCUGUCUUCUCCUACCCUUCUCACCUUUAAACUCCAGAUGUGGAUAUAUUUUGUAAGAUACACAAGCAGUAAAUGCAAAAUGAUGUGUAACAUCAAAGCCCUAUCGAACAGCUGGUGCUGGAUCUCUGUGUCUUGACAUGUAGUUAGUUUUCAAAUCAAAUAUGUAAUAUUUGUUUAUAUUUUAUGUUCUUAAUACAAAAGUGAAUCAUUGGUCUCCAUACACAGGAAUGUAUAUUGAUCACUGUAUCAAAUCAUUCUGUACAGAUUUAAUUACUUUUUAAAUUUUUCUUAAAUGGGUGUAUAUUGACAGUUUUAUAUGUGUUCAUAAUGUAUUUUGUAGCUUGUCUCCGCUUUCCUAACCCAUUUAUGCUUUCAUCCUGGUCUUUACCUUUGUGGCGGAUAGGCCAUGGUGCUUGAGUUAGGAGAGGAUCUGUGUUUGGCAUGCUGGACGAGCUCACAGUGGACAGACAGAGACAGACAGACAGACUUAGGGGUUGCGUAGGAAGGGAAGAGGAAUGGUGGAGGAGGGAGGAGGGGAAGGCAUACCUCCAAGGAAAAGAAACCUUUCCUGAAUACAGCUGGUACGCCUUCCAGUGUCAAUAAUGUGCAGACGAUCUGGUAAAGGUGCAAAAACAUCGUAGCAAUAUUCUGUCCACUGUGAGCUCAGGAAGGCAAUGGGUGGAUGUGUGGGCAGGGCUUUCAAAAUGGUGGCAGUUCUGACUCCAUCCAAGGACAUUCACAGAUGAACGAUGUUCUUGUUUGAAAAAUGAUUCUGUAUUUAUAAUAGCUCACUGCUUUAUUACCCUCUUUCCUCUCUUGAUGCCAUGUGUUUUGAUUGAAUAAGAGAAAUACUCUAUGAUAGGUUGAAUUUGUCCCCACUUAAGACAGUUGAAUGUUGUAGGUUUUGUAGAAAGGUGUGCCAAGUUUUCCUAUCAGCAGGCUUAGCUUCAGUUAGGAUUCAUGAUUCAGUUAGGGAAUGAUUUGUAAAAUACACAGAGGAUGCAGAACAUGGAUCUGUUUAAACCACUCAUACCCAGGGAUGUAAUAAAUGUUACUUAUCCAGAAGGAAGGCACACAGAGGCAGGGACAGAGGCAGAGGCAAGCUUCAGCUGGGGAAUAUCGUCUUAACUGCUGAGGCUUUGUCGUGAGAGGAGAGUAAAACUAUGUAAAUUGAUGCUGGAGGUUUUGGGUCUCCUAAAGAAGGACAUUAGGUAUCCUCCUAUCUAUCUAUCUCUAUCUCUAUCUCUAUCUCUAUCUCUAUCUCUAUCUCUAUCUCUAUCUCUCUCUCUCUCUC